UGAUUUGAAAAUUGCAAAAAAGUUUGUAAUAGCAAGUGGAAGUGACAAUUUUGGGCCAAAGGGAGAAGAUAUUGCCUUUACCGACGUGUGUCUGUUACAUUAUGGCAGGCUUUGUGAACUUGGCGCGAUUUUGCAGUAAACAGCAACAAAUAACAUUUGCAAAUAGACGUUUCUCUAGCAUAGUUAGAAACACUUCAGGCAUACUUCAAGUGCAUGGUCAACGUCGAUUCCCCGCUAAUUUGUUCUGCUCCAGUCGUUCUGCAACCGGUAGCGAUGAUGUUGCAAACACGCCAAACAAGAAAAUCACUCCCUUUACGCCGACGCCCGGAAGCAAGUUGCUUGGCGGUGUUCUGGUCAAGAAAGUUCCCAAAGGUCCAGCAACAAUAGUACAGCGACAUCCACUACGAAAUUGUCAUGUUCAUAUAGGCGGCACUGAUGGGGGCAGUGCGCUGGGGAAACUCGACGCGCCGGAGGUAACCUCAAAAGACAUGUUGCAUGCAAUGAUGCACUACAUUUGGCCAAAGGAGGAUGCGCUCGUACGGAAACGUGUGGCUAUCUCUUUGAGCCUCCUGGUUGGCUCCAAAUUGAUGACAGUUUGUGUACCGUUUCUAUUUAAGGGCGCCGUCGAUACGCUGAACACGAUGAACACCUUGAAUAUGGACACACCACCUGAUACAGUGUUGACUGUAGCCACUGCCAUGCUGCUUGGAUAUGGCGUGGCGCGUGCCAGCGCCGCCGCCUUCAAUGAGCUGCGCAAUGCAGUUUUCGCCAAGGUAGCACAUCAUUCCAUACGUAAAAUUGCAACGAACGUAUUUUUGCAUUUACAUAACUUGGAUUUGGCAUUCCAUUUGAAUAAACAGACCGGCGCCCUAUCCAAGACUAUUGACCGCGGCUCGCGUGGCAUAAACUUUGUACUCAGCGCUAUGGUAUUCAAUAUUGUGCCAACAAUAUUCGAGUUGGCGCUGGUAUCUACCAUCUUGGGCACUAAGUGCGGUUUGGCUUUCGCCGGCGUUUCUAUGGGAUGUGUUGGUGUUUACGCUGCAUUCACGCUAGUUGUGACACAGUGGCGCACUAAAUUCCGUAUCUACAUGAAUCAGGCUGAGAAUGAAGCUGGCAAUAAAGCGGUCGAUUCGCUCAUCAAUUACGAAACUGUCAAGUAUUUCAAUAAUGAGAAAUUCGAAGCUGGUCGAUACAAUGAUGUGCUCAAGAAAUACGAAAUGGCUAGUUUAAAGACGAGCACAAGCUUGGCUAUGCUGAAUUUCGGUCAAAAUGUCAUCUUCAGUUCGGCGCUCAGUUUGAUUAUGUUGUUGGCGGCUAAUGAGAUAGCAAAAGGCAAUAUGACCGUGGGCGAUUUGGUGAUGGUUAACGGUUUGCUAUUUCAGCUUUCCAUACCAUUAGGUUUCCUUGGUAGUGUGUAUCGAGAAGUGCGUCAAGCGCUGCUGGACAUGCAAUCGAUGUUUACGCUAAUGAGUGUGGAUUCACGCAUUACCUCAGCGCCGAAUGCGCCAUAUUUGGCAGUGGGUCCCAAUAAUGCAUCGAUUGAAUUUAGGAAUGUGAGUUUCGAGUAUGAGACGGGAAAACCCAUCUUUAAAGAUAUGUCCUUCACCAUACCAGCGGGCAAAACAAUUGCUUUCGUCGGUGGUUCUGGCUCAGGGAAAUCAUCAAUGGUGCGUCUGCUAUUUCGCUUCUUCGAGCCAAAUGCUGGUAAAAUAUUUAUUAACGGACAAGAUAUCAGCGAUGUGGAUUUAGACAGCUUGCGACGUGCCAUUGCUGUAGUGCCACAGGACUCGGUACUAUUCCACGACACUAUUGAACACAACAUCCAUUACGGCAAUUUGAAUAAGUCGCAAGAAGAGGUAGAAAAAGCGGCGAGCAUGGCCGAUUUGCAUGACUCCAUCAUGAGUUGGCCCAAGCAAUAUCACACUCAAGUGGGUGAACGCGGUUUAAAACUAUCGGGUGGUGAGAAGCAACGUGUGGCCAUUGCACGCGCCAUACUCAAAAACUCGCCAAUCCUCAUAUUCGACGAGGCGACUAGUAGUCUGGAUUCUAUUACUGAACAGAAUAUUUUGAAUGCACUUUCACGCGCCACUGCUGGCCGCACCAGCAUAUGCAUUGCCCAUCGGCUGUCCACCGUCAUGGAUGCUGACGAAAUUUUCGUAUUGGAAAAUGGGCGUGUAGGUGAACGCGGCAAACACGCAGAGCUCUUGAAGAAAAAUGGUCUCUACGCACGUCUCUGGGAAACGCAAACGCAACAAUUCUGAUCCGAAAUAUAAUAUAUCGAGCAUCUUAAUCCUUAAAUGUUUUUGUCAAACACCACCGACUGCCGUUGGGUAGUUAUGUAUAAUGUCAUGUAAUUUAGUUAUUGUUCAUUCAAACAGGAAUUAAGUUUAAUGAGUCAUCGUCAGUAUCUAUGUACAUAGAUAUAUUUAAAGUCUUUUCUUAAAUUACACACAUACACUGACAUCCCCA